ACGGACAACGCGAAGAAGAAAAAAAACCAACAACAAGACCUCCGAAACUUUAAGUGGGCAGUCGGUCACUUACCAUUCGGUCGUUUCAGUUCGAGGGAUGGGGAAGCUACCGGGGAAAAGCCUUUUAUCUGCACUUCUCUUCAUUAUUCUCCUGUCAGAGGGACCUUUUCAAUGGGUGGAUGCACAGCGCUGUGUGUGGUACGGGGAGUGUGGGGACUCCAAAAUUGUGGGAAAAAAGUACAACUGCAACUACACUGGUCCUCCCAAGCCGGUCGACCCGGAGGGUUACGAGCUGCUCGCGGAGCUCUGUCCCGGAUAUGACUAUGGAAACCGAAGCGUCUGCUGCGACGUUAACCAGUUGAACAGCCUCAAAGGGAGCCUCCAGCUGGCCCUACAGUUCCUGUCCCGGUGUCCCGCUUGUUCAAGCAACUUCAUGAACCUCUUCUGUGAGCUGACAUGCAGCCCUCACCAGAGUCAAUUCAUGAACACCACUGAGGUCAAUGGCACAAGUGUCAUGGAAGUGCAGUACUACAUCGGACAGACCUUUGCCAACGGCAUGUACAAUGCCUGUAAGGACGUCCAGGUUCCAUCCACUAACACGAAGGCCUUGUCAAUGCUGUGUGGAAAGGACGCAAAGGACUGCAACGCUACCAACUGGAUUCAAUACAUGUUCAACACAGAUAACGGACAAUCCCCUUUCCCCAUCAUCCCCAUAUUCUCAGACGUCCCGGUGUCUGGCUACAAUCCCAUGAACAACCAGACGUACGCCUGCACCGAGGGCCUGGAGGACGGUUCGGGUCCCUGCUCCUGUCAGGACUGCACAAAGGCCUGCGGCCCCAAACCCGUGCCUCCCCCUCUCCCCCCUCCGUGGAGAAUCUUUGGUAUGGACGCCAUGACUGUCAUCAUGUGGAUCUCUUACUUGGCCUUCCUGCUGAUCUUUUUUGGAGCUGUGCUGGGAGUUUGGUACUACAGGAAGAAGACCAUCCUGUCGGAGUACGGCCCCAUAUUGGACAGCAAAAACCCGCUGUCUCUCAACGCCGAUAACCCGGAUCAAGUAAAUGCAUCGUGGUGUGAAACGCUGGGUGAAAGCUUCGAGAAUGCCCUGCGGACCUUCUUCAGUUCCUGGGGCUCCUUCUGUGUGCGGCAUCCCUCCGUGGUCCUACUGGGAAGCCUGGUAGUGGUGGUGGCCUCCUCCGGGGGACUGGUCUACAUGCGCAUCACCACCGACCCCGUUGAGCUGUGGUCUUCUCCCAGCAGCCAGGCGCGCCAAGAGAAGGACUUCUUUGACAGCCACUUCGGACCCUUUUUCAGAACGACGCAGCUCAUUAUCACCACGCCGAUCACAGAUCGCUUUAUCUACUCGCCGUACCCCAUGGGAUCAGAUGUCCCAUUUGGAGCCAUCUUGAGAAAUGACAUCCUCCACCAGGUGCUGGAUCUUCAGCUUGACAUCGAAAGCCUCACAGCGACAUUCGAGGGCCAAACGGUCACCCUGAAGGACAUCUGCUUGGCCCCACUGGCUCCUUACAAUAACAACUGCACCAUCUUCAGUGUCCUCAACUACUUCCAAAACAGCCACGAUGUGCUGGACCACAGCGCAGGAGACGACUUCUUUGUUUGGGCUGACUAUCACUCCCACUUCCUCUACUGUGUCAGUGCACCCGCAUCCCUCAACGACACCACCCAACUCCACGACCCCUGCCUGGGAACCUUCGGCGGCCCCGUCUUCCCUUGGCUGGCCCUCGGGGGUUAUGACGAAACCAACUACAACAAUGCCACCGCUCUGGUGAUCACCUUCCCAAUCAACAACUACCUGAACGACUCCGUGAGGCUGGGCAAAGCUCGCGCCUGGGAGAAAGAAUUCGUCAAGUUCAUGAAGAACUUCCAAAAUCCCAACCUGACCAUAGCCUUUAGUGCGGAGAGGAGUAUUGAAGAUGAAAUAGACCGAGAGAGCAAAAGCGACAUCAGUACCAUCGUGGUCAGCUACGCCAUAAUGUUCAUCUACAUCUCGCUGGCCCUGGGUCACAUCAACAGCUUCAGGAGACUGAUGGUGGACUCAAAGAUCUCUCUGGGUAUAUCAGGAAUCCUGAUCGUGCUCAGCUCGGUCUCCUCCUCACUCGGGAUCUUCAGCUAUUGUGGCAUUCCCCUCACCCUCAUUGUGAUCGAGGUCAUUCCUUUCCUGGUGCUGGCUGUCGGGGUGGACAACAUCUUUAUUGUAGUGCAAGCGUAUCAGCGGGAUGAGCGGAUGCCCCAGGAGGAACUACACCAGCAGAUUGGCCGUAUCCUUGGAGACGUAGCCCCCAGCAUGCUUCUCUCCUCCCUGUCGGAGACGGUCGCCUUUUUCCUGGGAGCCCUGUCCAACAUGCCCGCAGUGAGGACUUUCUCUCUUUUUGCUGGCUUGGCCGUCUUCAUCGAUUUCCUGUUGCAGAUCAGCUGCUUCGUCAGCUUGCUCGGCUUGGACGCCAGGAGACAGGAGGCCAAUCGACUCGACAUCUUUUGCUGUGCGAAGCUGCCGGAAGGUCAGGAGACGCGGACGGACAGUUUCCUCUUCCGUUUUUUCAAGAAAAUCUUUGCGCCGUUCAUCCUCAAAGAGUGGGUCCGACCAAUCAUAGUGGCAGUGUUUGUGGGGAUGCUCUCUUUCAGUAUGGCUGUGGUGAAUAAAGUAGAGAUUGGACUGGACCAGAAACUCUCCAUGCCUGACGACUCGUAUGUGCUCGACUACUUCAAGAACCUGACCAUGUACCUGAACACCGGCGCCCCGGUGUACUUUGUGGUGGAGGACGGUCUGAACUACAGUAGUGCAGAGGGGCAGAACGCCGUGUGCGGCGGCGUCGGCUGCGAUAACGACUCUCUGGUCCAGCAGGUGUACAGCGCCUCACUCAUCAGCAACUACUCAACCGUUGCCUUCACGCCGUCCUCUUGGCUCGAUGACUACUUUGACUGGGUGAAGCCUCAGUCCUCCUGCUGUCGAUACCACAACACCAGCGGGGAGUUCUGCAAUGCCUCAGUGGUCGACCCCUCCUGUGUGCACUGUCGACCCAUGAGUCCCGCUGGGAAGCAGCGGCCAGAAGGAGAAGACUUCAUGCGGUUUUUACCCAUGUUUCUGUCCGACAAUCCGAACACAAAGUGUGGAAAGGGCGGCCACGCAGCCUACGGCGCAGCAGUGGACGUGUACCCCAACCGCACCGGGGUCGGAGCCUCCUACUUCAUGACCUUCCACACCAUCCUGAAAGAAUCCCCGGAUUUCAUAGAAGCGCUGAAAAUGGCUCGCGUCCUGGCCGCCAACGCGACGGCGUCCGUGGGCCACAAAGUGUUCGCCUACAGCAUCUUCUACGUGUUCUACGAGCAGUACCUCACCAUCGCGCGCGACACGGCUCUGAACCUGAGCGUGUCGCUGGGCGCCAUCUUCGCCGUGUCGGCGGUGCUGCUGGGCUUCGAGGUGUGGUCGGCGGCGCUCGUCUCCGUCACCAUCGCCAUGAUCCUGGUCAACAUGUUUGGCGUCAUGUGGCUGUGGAGCAUCAGCCUCAACGCCAUUUCCCUCGUGAACCUGGUCAUGUGCUGCGGCAUCUCGGUGGAGUUCUGCAGCCACAUCGUGCGAGCCUUUUCCAUCAGUGUGAAGAACAGCCGGGUGGAGCGGGCCGAGGAGGCGCUGGCCCACAUGGGCAGCUCGGUGUUCAGUGGGAUCACGUUGACAAAGUUCGGAGGAAUCCUCAUCCUGGCUCUUUCCAAGUCGCAGAUCUUCCAGGUCUUCUACUUCAGGAUGUACUUGGCCAUAGUGUUGCUGGGGGCAACGCACGGCCUCAUCUUCCUGCCCGUGUUGCUCAGUUAUAUCGGCCCCUCGGUGAACAAAGCUAAAGUGUUUUCAGCUAACAAGCGCAACGCUGGUACAGAAAGGGAGCGCCUCCUCAACUACUAGCAGGCUGUCUGGGACAAUGAACAAUGAACUAUUUGUCUGAAAGGGACUGCGUGGGUGUGAGCGCAAGCCACUUCUGAGAUUAAUGACGCCGUCUUCAUCAUCAUCAUCGUCGUCGUCCUCCUCGCUCGUUGCCACUACUAUGCACGGAUUUAACUCAGGAAUAGGAAUACUUGGGAAUAGGAGCGCCAGAGGACAGGGCCAACUGCAAACUUAUUGAUUUCCUAAGAAGACUUUGGACCCCCCCCCCCCCCCAACACCAUCACCACCACCAUUCCUCCUCCUCCUCCUCACACUACAGGGAGAAAAAGCCUGAGUUCAGCGUUUUUAGAAUGAGCAAACAUUGUAUUUUGAUUGUGAAUGUAGGAGAUCCCAGCAUCAGUUUCAGAGACAAACUACGAGAUGUUUUGAUUGGGAAAACUCAAAAGGGUAAAACCGGUUAGCUUUUUCUUUUUUCUUUUUUAUUAUACAGAGAAACUAAAUUUGUACCAGAAAAUGAUUUACUUACGUGAGAUUUUGUAGAAACUAUUUGAUACGAGGAGUCCUUUAUUGACUGAUGAUUUCAUGGGCGCUCACAGUACCUGGCAUCCACAUCAUAUCUGGGUUUUUAACUGUGUUAUAACUACAAAUGGUAAUAUAUAAUUAUUGUGUUUAUUAUAAAGCAGUACAGUUGUAGCAGAGUACCUUCCAAUAACGGGCUCCCUGGGCCACUGUGUGCAGUCCUGUUUUUACCAGUGCUCCCAUCCGUGCACUGAAGGAAGCGGUUUAACUUUCGGCUUUCACAAGGAUGCAAACAGUCUCCAAAGGGAAACCUCAAAGUCUCUUUUUAUUUUUAUUUAAACAUCAGCGGACUGAAACCCAGAGGCCAAAACUUGUGUUGUGUUUUUCCCUGCAGCAAAGUCCUUUAUUUCCACAUUGGAAGCUAUUGGGUGUUCCGGUGCAACAUUCCAUUUUAGAGCCACUUAAUGUAUGUUAAAUGUCCUUUUUUGAAGUGUUUGCAUAAACAGGGUUGUUAGUCCCGCUUGGGGGGGGGGUUUUAGUGAAACCCCGAUACAUGUGGAUGCCAGGUCCAAAGGGUGCGAUUGUGUGAACUUAACGUGACUUUACAUUUGAGUUUAAAUGAGAUGCUUUGCGGUUACUGAACAGAAGGUUUUUUUUAAUUAAGGAGAUGAGCUUUACAUUUAACUGUAAAUAGCUUAAACAGGACUAAUUCAGAUAUUCUCCUGUCUCAUCUUGAGUGUGUUGAUAUAGAAAACUGGAGUAACUCAAAAGUGUGCAGUAUUUUUUUUUUAAACUAUUAACAUUUUGUUACCAUGCAUCACUUUCUUUAAAAAAAAAAAGUGUGAUGGCCUCACUUUGCAAGGUCAACCAGACGUAACAGAAGGGCCUGCAGCCAGUGGAGCUGAUCGCCAAACUAGAUUAAUUUGAAGAGGGUUGUGACCUCGGUGGAAGACGUGUUAAAUAUUUUACCCGAGGUGUAUGCGCUCUGUCUUAAAGGAAUGGGACCCUUCCUUGUUUGAAAUUGGGUUUUUGCCGAAUUGCUUCCAUGAACAGUGAAAUAAAUCUUCAAGGCCAGGGAAUAUUAAUAUUUUGUAUCAUGACUAACAAAACAAAUGUGUUGGUUAACAGUGUACAUUAAUACUGUACAUUGAUACGGACAAAUCAUCUCAUCAUUGCAGAAUAUACAUGUGGAAAACAGACUAAACCGAGCAUUGCAAUGUUUUAGCUUUUAACAGAUAUUAAAUACCUCACAGAAAAGUAUGUUGCGAAACUUUUAUUUUUUAA